AUGCAACGCGGAGUGAUUCGAUUGGCUGCACGUAGCAAUGGGGUUUUUGGGUUGAGUAGGAUGUUGCGGGCCCCGAACACCCCCACGGCUGCUGCUGCUGCUAAGACUGCUACUCCUGCCUCUGCUGCAGCUGUUGGAAAGGAUUUCAAGAUGCAACCAAUGCAAACACAUCCACGUUCCUCGCACUUGUAUUCAGCAAGUGCUAAAGGUGCGGAGGUAGGAGCACGUAAUGAGGCAGCUUUUAUGAACUACGAGCGCUUUACUCCUCAUGAUUUAAAGGGUAUCUUUGCAAUGCCGCAUCUUAUCAACCUUUUAACUGUCACACCACUUUACUGUGCUGUUGUGUGCAUUGGAAGUGCAGCGUGGGGGAUUUUCUACUGGGAUAUGUACUGCCGUCGUGCGUAUGAAACGGUUCUCGUCGCCAGACCGGAGGAGCUGGAUUGA